UCUCUCUCCCAACCAAUUCGAAUUAAUUACCCUACCCACCACCUUCUCCACCAUUAUAAAUAUGGAUGGAUUUCCAUAAAGAAAUCUCAAAAAUCUUGAGUUGGGUGUGAAAAAAUGAAAUUCAUCAAUCUAGUGUUUCUUUUGGGCUUGCUCUGGACGCCCGAACCAGUUACUUGCCAAAGACCUUACAAUCAGUUUCAACUUGUCCAAGCUUGGAUACCGACAUUUUGCAAGAAAUACAGUCGUUGUUUUCCGAAUUUGACACCAAACUUCACCCUUCACGGCCUUUGGCCAGCUACAAGAACCGGGAACUCAGUGUUGAAUUGUGGCAAGGGGAACGAUUCUAAUAUUCGACCCGAGACAAUGGCCUCAGCGGCUCCUUUGGCCAGCGCAUGGCCGAGCAUUAUAAUUGGCAGAAACGAUUCAGACCUUUGGCAGUAUGAAUGGGACAAACAUGGGACUUGUUGUUUGUCCAGAAUGACGAAAAUGAAUUACUUUCUGAGCGUAAUCCGAGAAAGAAAUAAGAUGGACUUGCUCAGCAUCCUAGGCAAUGCCAACAUAGUACCGCGCUCUGAUGUAUCGUAUACCAAGCUUGAUCUCGAAAAUGCUCUUACUCAGUUCACUGGAGUGGGAAAUAGCAUUUACGUUUCAUGCUAUGCUCUUAACAACACGCAUGUGCAACUGUUUGAGAUUUAGACUUGUCUCAACUACCUUGCAACCCAAGUGAUUCCCUGUCCAGUAAGUACCAAACAAAGGGGUUGUACCGGGAGCAUUGUAUUUCUCCCGUAGUAGUAGCAACUUAUGUUGGAAUAAUUAGUGUGCUUGAUGAACCGCAACAGUGUUUUAUUAAAGUAAAUGUUUGAAAUUGACUAUA